UCUUUGCGCGUCGUUUUGUGAACCCCGUAGUCCGCAAUCACGUUGACGUCUGUCGCCAUUUCCUCGCGCGGAGGAGCCCGUUCGUUUAUUUUGCAAGCUAUGGCAGAAGGGAAUGGAGAGAUAAAAAUGGAAGAAAAACAAGAAAUAGAAAAUGUAGAACGGACAGAAGAUUUCAACAAACUCAUGCAAUACGGGCUAGACGAGAAAGUGGCUGCCAAAUUGGAUGAAAUUUAUAAGACGGGAAAAUUAGCUCAUAUUGAUCUGGAUGAAAGAGCUCUUGAUGCCUUGAAAGAAUUUCCAGUUGAUGGUGCGCUAAACGUGCUUACACAAUUUCUGGAAUCUAACCUGGAACAUGUAUCCAAUAAAUCGGCAUACCUUUGUGGAGUAAUGAAGACAUACAGACAAAAGAGUCGUGCUGGUCAAGGUACAGGCACCAGCACGACACCUAAGGCCCCAGAUGAAGACAAAAUCAAAUUAAUUCUGGAAAGAACGGGAUAUCCUUUGGAUGUAACUACUGGACAAAGAAAAUAUGGUGGUCCUCCACCAAAUUGGGAGGGUCCAACUCCUGGCACUGGUUGUGAGGUAUUUUGUGGCAAAAUCCCAAAAGACAUGUAUGAAGACGAAUUAAUUCCAUUAUUUGAGAAAUGUGGAAAAAUUUGGGACUUGAGACUGAUGAUGGAUCCCAUGUCAGGUUCCAACAGAGGAUACGCAUUUAUCACAUUCACUAAUAGGGAAGCUGCGCAGCAGGCUGUUCGAGAGCUCGAUAAUCACGAAAUAAAACCCGGCAAGAGUCUGAAAGUAAACAUUAGCGUUCCUAAUCUACGUCUUUUCGUGGGGAACAUACCAAAGUCAAAAGGCAAAGAGGAGAUCUUGGAGGAAUUUGGUAAAUUAACAGCUGGCCUGACAGAGGUGAUUAUCUACAGUUCACCAGAUGACAAAAAGAAGAAUAGAGGUUUUUGCUUUUUGGAAUACGAAUCUCACAAAGCAGCUUCCUUAGCCAAGCGAAGGUUAAGUACUGGACGUAUUAAAGUUUGGGGAUGUGAUAUUAUUGUUGAUUGGGCCGACCCUCAAGAGGAACCAGACGAACAAACUAUGUCCAAAGUGCGUGUGCUUUACGUACGAAAUUUAACGCAAGAUUGUUCUGAAGAAAAACUGAAGGAAAGCUUUGAACAAUAUGGCAAAAUUGAGCGAGUGAAAAAAAUCAAGGAUUAUGCAUUUAUACACUUUGAAGAUAGAGAUAAUGCCGUUAAGGCAAUGAACGAAUUAAAUGGUAAGGAAAUGGGUGGAUCCCACAUAGAAGUUUCAUUGGCAAAACCACCAUCUGAUAAAAAGAAGAAGGAAGAGAUGUUGCGCGCCAGGGAAAGACGAAUGAUGCAAAUGUUACAGGGCAGAGGCGGUGGAUCUCCUUCUCAUCCGAGCAUGAUGGGAGGUCCAAUGCCAGUUCGUGGGCCCGCACAGGGACCUCGGGGUACUGGUGCAGGUAUGCGUGGACAAAUGGGACGAGGCGAUUAUGCUCUCCAGGAAAUAGAUUAUGAUUACGACUAUUACGGUUAUGGGGAUUAUCGAGGUGGCUACAGUGAUCCCUAUUACGAUGACUAUUAUCGAUAUGAAGAUUACUAUUUCGAUUAUGCGCCGCCUCCGCCGCCUGCCAGAGGGAGAGGCAGGCAGCCUCAACCGGCUGGUCGUGGCCGUGGAGUAGUGCCACGUGGCCGAAUCGGUGGCCCGCAAGCCCGUGGGCCAGUCAGGGGGGGACGCAACCCCGCAGCUUCAGGGGCCCGUGGGGUCCAGCGGCUGGCCGCUCGUGGGGGGGUCCGCGCCAAGGGAAGUUUACCAGGUGAGGAUGCAGGUAAACGAAAAUUUGACGGGGGUCACCAGAACCAGGGGGAAUCUAAGCGUCGCUUCCAGAGCAAUUGGGGAAACCAGCCCCUUGCCCAACAACCACUGGGCAAUGCAUAUGGAUUGGCGAGUGUAAAUGGUGGCAGUGGUGGUGGUGGCGGUGACAUAGCUUUUGGAGGUAGAGCCGGCACACUCGGCGGUGUUUCCGGCGACGAUCACGAAUGGUAUCAAGACUCUUACCAGUCGUGGAGCUAACUUCUGCAAUCCUGUGAGUGAUAAAAAAAUAUGCACGAACAAAUGCAUGAUAAACGAAGUGAGAAACAAAAAACAUAAAAUAUAAGGGAAAAAAAUAAAAUAAAAUCAGACUGACGAAACGUUGAGAGAGGGGGGGAGGGGGAACUCGAGAUGAAGGGAAGGAAAGAGAUCAUCCAUUUGUAUUAUUAUCGCUCUUAAUCGAAUUCAAAUAAUGUAAAUGUUUUUUCAUAUUAAUGAUACGCAGCAACUGUAUUCUGCGCCACCACCAUCGCCCACUGUUAUUGUGAUUAUGUACAGUGAUGUGCCACUGAGACUAAUUAUUAUAUCGGAGUGUGACCACCCACCCACCCCGUACUAUUAUUAUUAUUAUGAUACUAAUACUAAUCUAAGUACCACUACUGCAUUGUCACAUUGUUUACUGCCAAGUGAUGAAGAUCAGCGAUGUUGACAUAGGGAUUGUGAUGGCUUGUAUUAGUUAAGAGAACUCAUGGAAGCCUGCGGUUUAUUACGCGAUGACUAGAUGUUUUGAAUCUAUGUGACGAAGCAUGUGUGUUAGAUAGGACGAAAUAAAUAGCAUGAGGGAGAAAAACGGAGAAGUUACAAACGAAAGAUAGAAAUUGAAAAGACGGAAGUUCACUUUGAAGAGAUAGAAAAUGUAGGUCGUGUAGACAAGCAGAAGACGCAGGGCGAGAAUGCGAUAUUUAGUAAAUAUGCGAGAGAAAGAGAGAGAGAGAGAGAGCGAGCGAGAGAGAGAGAGAGGAAGAGAGAGAGAGAAAGAGAGAGAAAUUGUUUUUAAACGGAAUGUGUCUGUGUGUGUGUAUUUGUGCGUGGAGCGCGCCAAGCGUGCCACAAGACCUUCUAUUGUUGGUCUAUAAAUGUGUACAGUGAAACUAUUAUUAUUAAGAGUCACACAGGCAAAGUUUUGUGAAAGUAGAGAGUAUGAAACGAGUUGCAACGGUUCUGCGAAUGUCUCCUAAAUUAGGUUUUGGUUACAGUCAUGCCAGGGUUCUAUUGGAUAAGAAAAAGGAAAAUGGAAAAAAAGAGUAUUGCUCACAAUCGAGAGAAAACCCACUUGUACAGUAAAUUUUUCAAUGACAGUAUCCAAGUAGCAAGGCAAACUCGGAUCUAAAUUAUAAUAUAUUUAUUUGUUAAUGUGUUUCUUUUUUUUAUAUUUAAAAAAUCAAUCGUUGAAAACAAAUAUCUAAAGUGAAUCUAUUCCCUUUGAAAGGGAAAUAAAAAAGAGUGUAUUGUUUCUUCUAAAUUUUAUGUAAAAAGUAAAUUUGUUUCUUGUAUUCUUUUAUAAAAAAAAAGAAAGGAAGAGAAGUUUUUAAAGAUGACUGACUAUGAAUUUGAUAAUGAUAGUCACAGAUUGAAGUAGAAUGUAAAAUGUAAUGUUUACAAAUGCAUGAAACACAUACAGCACACAUUUUGAGUGUUGACUUGUUGUUAUUGUUAGUCUGUUAGUUAAUUAGUAAGAGUUGUAAGUGCGGGCUGUAGUUGGUCCCUGUCCCUGGAGCCCAGACACCCCCUGUUCUGGAUGAUUAUUUGAAAAAGGGGAGAAAAAAAGAAAACAUAUGCAAAUCAUUUGUAUUUUACACGCACCCCCGGAAUAUGAAGACAAAUACGGUAUAAAAAUAAAAAAAAAGAGAAAA